AUGUCGAACCCUCAAAAUCAGAAACCAUGGAAGGCGGAAUACGCGAAGUCGGGGCGAUCGUCAUGCAGGACGUGCAAGAGCCCCAUUGCCAGCGAAACGCUGCGUCUCGGCAAGAUGGUCCAAUCCUCCAAGUUCGAUGGCUUCAUGCCGAUGUGGAAUCAUGCUGCUUGCAUCUUGAAGAAAGCUAAUCAGAUAAAAUUAGUUGAAGAUGUUGAAAACUUGGAGUCGCUUCGUUGGGAAGACCAGCAGAAUAUCAGAAAAUACAUAGAGAGUGGCAGUGGGAGUGGCGGCAGCAGUAGCAGUGCCACAAAGUCAGGCUCAAAAGCUGUCAAAGAUACUGAAUGUGGUAUUGAAGUUUCACAAACUUCUCGUGCUACUUGCAGGGAUUGCAGUCAAAAAAUUAUCAAAGGAGAGGUGGGUUUUAUUGUUGCUCUCAUGUACCAGAGCCUCUAUGGCCAAGUGGUCUCUAGAUGGGCCAUGGUGGGAGGUGCUAAUUGGGGGCCUAAGUCCCUCCUAAAUUCUGGCCACCGCAAUCGUGUUCGUAUAUCUACAAAGCCUGAUGGUCAAGGUGCUAAAGGUUUGGCUUGGCACCAUGCCAAGUGUCUCCUGGAAUUAUUGCCAUCAAUUCAAGUGGAUAAGUUAUCAGGAUGGAAUAGUCUCUCAUCUUCUGAUCAAUCAGCUGUCAGUGACUUUGCUAAGAUGUGUCAUCCCAUGAACAAGGGGGGUGGUAGUGGUACAACCAUUCAGACUGAAAAGGGUGAAGAAUCCACAAAACAGCACACUUCCAAAGGUGGUAUAAAGCGGGGGAAAGAUGUUGAUAGUGAGCGCAAAUCAAAAGUUGCUAAGGCCAAGGGAGACGUGUCUGCAAGCAGUGCAGUGUCAGUGAAGGAUUAUAGUGAAUCAGGGGAAGCAUGUGAUCUAGAGAAGAAGAUGGAGACCCAGAGCAAAGAACUCUGGGCUCUGAAGGAUGAUCUCAAAAAUCAUGUGACAACAACUGAGUUGCGUGUAAUGCUGGAAGCUAAUGAUCAAGAUUCAACAGGAUCAGAACUUGAUUUACGUGACCGUUGUGCUGAUGCAAUGAUGUUUGGAGCACUUGGUCUUUGCCCAAUAUGUUCCAGCUUUCUGCGUUACACUGGAGGAAUGUACCGUUGCACUGGAUAUGUUUCUGAGUGGAGUAAAUGUUCUUACUCUACCUGCGAACCAAGACGAAUUGAAGCGAAGUGGAAAAUCCCAGGAGAAACAAAUAAUCAGUACCUUAAAAAGUGGUUCAAGUCUCAAAAAGGGAAGAAACCAGUUAGGAUAUUGCCUCUUCAAUCACCAAGGAAAUCUGCUGAAAGUGAAAUUACUGCUACUCAACAUCAAUCAUCGAACAGUGAAAAUUUUCAAGAUAUGAAAGUUGCUAUCUGUGGAUUAGCUAAUGACUCUAUUGAAGAAUGGAAACACAAGAUUGAUGGCAUAGGUGGAAUGUUUCAUGCAAAAGUAAAGAAAGAUACUAACUGCUUGGUGGUUGGUGGAGCACUCAAAGAUGAAGCUGAGAUGCGGAAGGCAAGGAGGAUGAAAAUACCAAUAGUCAGAGAGGACUACUUGAUUGACUGCAUACAAAGAAAGAAGAGACUUCCAUUUGAUAUGUACAAGGUUGAAAUGAUUGGUGAGGCUUCUAGCAUGGUCACCAUUAAAGUGAAGGGGCAAAGUGCUGUUCAUGAGGCUUCUGGCCUGCAGGAUUCCUGCCACAUACUUGAGGAAGGAAAAAGCAUAUAUAACACAACUUUGAAUAUGUCUGAUUUGUCUACUGGUAUUAACAGCUACUACAUUCUCCAGAUAAUUCAAGAAGAUAAGGGUUCAGAUUGCUAUGUGUUUCGGAAAUGGGGCCGAGUAGGAAAUGACAAGAUUGGAGGAAAUAAACUUGAUGAAAUGCCAAAAUCUGAUGCAAUCCGUGAAUUCAAACGAUUAUUCUAUGAGAAAACUGGAAACCCUUGGGAGGCGUGGGAACAAAAGACUAUUCAGAAACAACCUGGGAGAUUUUUCCCAUUGGAUAUUGAUUAUGGAGUUAACAAGCAGGUCUCAAAAAAGAAAAGGAAUGAUAAUGACAGCAAACUACCCCCUCCAUUAAUAGAAUUGAUUAAAAUGUUAUUCAAUGUGGAAACAUACAGAGCUGCCAUGAUGGAGUUUGAGAUUAAUAUGUCUGAAAUGCCACUUGGUAAACUGAGCAAAAGCAAUAUCCAAAAGGGUAUGUUGAUACAUUACUCAUUAUCAUUGUUUGAUUUUAUGUUGGUAUGCUUCGGCUUCCCAGGGUUUGAAGUAUUGUCAGAGAUACAAAAUCUGUUAAAAAAUAGCAAUCCUGAUUCAUCAGUAAAGGAAAGCUUACUUAUUAAUGCCAGCAACCGGUUCUUCACCAUGAUCCCUUCUAUUCAUCCACAUAUUAUUAGGGAUGAGGGUGAUUUUAAGUCCAAGGUGAAAAUGUUAGAAGCCCUUCAAGACAUUGAAAUAGCCUCAAGAUUAGUUGGAUUUAAUGCCAACAAUGAGGACUCAAUUGAUGAUAAUUAUAAGAAGCUCCACUGUGAUAUGUCUCCACUUCCUCAUGAUAGUGAAGACUUUUGUUUAAUUGAGAAGUUUCUUCAUAAUACUCAUGCCCCUACACAUACGGACUGGAGUCUAGAACUAGAAGAAGUGUUUUCACUAGAAAGGGAAGGUGAAUUUGAUAAGUUUGCUCCUUACAGGGAUAAACUUGGAAACAGGAUGCUCCUAUGGCAUGGUUCUAGGUUGACAAACUUUGUGGGCAUUCUUAGCCAAGGACUCAGAAUUGCACCUCCUGAAGCCCCAGCGACUGGCUAUAUGUUUGGCAAAGGGGUGUACUUUGCUGACCUUGUCAGCAAAAGUGCCCAGUAUUGCUUCACCGAUAAGAAAAAUCCUGUUGGUCUAAUGAUUUUGAGUGAAGUGGCACUUGGAAACAUCUAUGAGCUCAAGAAAGCCAAGUAUAUGGAUAAACCUCCCGAAGGAAAGCACUCUACUAAAGGAUUGGGCAAGAAAAUGCCUCAAGAAUCGGAAUAUGCAAAGUGGAGGGGCGAUGUCACUGUUCCUUGUGGCAAACCAGUGCCAUCAAAUGUCAAGGCUUCUGAGCUCAUGUACAAUGAGUAUAUUGUUUAUAAUACUGCCCAAGUUAAGAUGCAAUUCUUGUUGAAGGUGAGUCCAUCUGGGAUUCCUAGACUUGUCUUGAUAAGGUCUCAUUUUGAGUUGGCUGGAGAUCUUUCAACUUUUUUUUGGGGCAUGUAUCUGGACUGGGCAAAUUCAUAA